CCUCUGCGCUUCCAUGGAGCAGCGGGAAGGGCGAAACUCCGGAGCGCCGCGUUCCUUCGCUGCUGCCGCGGACUGUUGAAGGAGCCGAGCCCGCGUGACUGCCGAGAGAGGAGAGCCCCCGGCCCAACCCGCAGGCCUGCCGCCCGGGGCGGCGGGGGGCGUCGGAGGGCGGCGGAGGCGCGCCGAGCGAGCGGCGCCGCGGGAGAGGCCGGCGCGGGUGGCGGCCGCAGCAAUGCCGGGCCCGCUGGGGUUGCUCUGCUUCUUCGCCCUGGGGCUGCGCGGCUCGGCCGAGCCCAGCGGCGCGGCGCCGCCUCUCUGCGCGGCGCCCUGUAGCUGCGACGGAGACCGUCGGGUGGACUGCUCCGGGAAGGGGCUGACGGCCGUGCCCGAGGGGCUCAGCGCCUUCACCCAAUUGCUGGAUAUCAGCAUGAAUAACAUUACUCAGUUACCAGAAGAUGCAUUUAAGAACUUCCCUUUUCUAGAGGAGUUACGAUUGGCUGGCAACGACCUUUCUUUUAUCCACCCAAAGGCCUUGUCGGGGUUGAAAGAACUCAAAGUUCUAACCCUCCAGAACAACCAGUUGAAAACAGUACCCAGUGAAGCCAUUCGAGGACUGAGCUCUUUGCAGUCUUUGCGUUUAGAUGCCAACCAUAUCACCUCAGUGCCUGAGGACAGCUUUGAGGGACUCACUCAGUUACGGCAUCUGUGGCUGGAUGACAACAGCUUGACGGAGGUGCCAGUGCAUCCGCUCAGCAAUCUGCCCACCCUGCAGGCGCUGACCUUGGCACUCAACAAGAUCUCCAGCAUCCCUGACUUUGCCUUUACCAACCUGUCCAGCCUGGUGGUUCUGCAUCUUCAUAACAAUAAAAUUAAAAGCCUGGGUCAACACUGUUUUGAUGGACUUGAUAACCUGGAGACCUUGGACUUGAACUAUAAUAAUUUGGGGGAAUUUCCUCAGGCUAUUAAAGCUCUCCCGAGCCUAAAAGAACUGUUAUUUCAUAGUAAUUCUAUUUCUGUUAUCCCUGAUGGAGCGUUUGAUGGUAAUCCACUCUUAAAAACUAUACAUUUGUAUGAUAAUCCUCUAUCUUUUGUGGGGAACUCAGCAUUUCACAAUUUGUCUGAAUUGCAUUCCUUAGUCAUUCGUGGUGCAAGCAUGGUGCAGCGGUUCCCCAAUUUGACUGGAACUGUCCGUCUGGAGAGUUUGACCUUGACAGGUACGAAGAUAAGCAGCAUACCCAGUAAUUUGUGCCAGGAACAGAAGAGGCUUAGGACUUUGGACUUGUCUUACAACAGUAUAAAAGACCUUCCAAGCUUUAAUGGUUGCCAUGCUCUGGAAGAAAUUUCUUUGCAGCGAAAUCAGAUCCACAAAAUAAAGGAAGAUACUUUUCAAGGCCUGACAUCCCUAAAAAUUCUAGAUCUUAGUAGAAACCUGAUCCAUGAAAUUGAUGACAGAGCUUUUGCCAAGCUUGGGUCAAUAACAAACUUAGAUGUAAGUUUCAAUGAAUUAACUUCAUUUCCAACGGAAGGCCUAAAUGGGCUAAAUCAACUGAAACUUGUGGGCAACUUCAAGCUGAAAGAAGCCUUAGCAGCAAAAGACUUUGUUAAUCUCAGGUCUUUAUCUGUACCAUAUGCUUAUCAGUGCUGUGCAUUUUGGGGUUGUGACUCUUACGCACAUUCAAACACAGAAGAUAACAGCCUGCAAGACCACAGUGGGUCAAAGGAUAAAGGUCUCAGUGAUGUGGCAGGUGUCACCAGCAGUGCUGAAAAUGAGGAACACAGUCAAAUCAUUAUCCACUGCACACCCUCGACAGGUGCUUUUAAGCCCUGCGAAUACUUGCUGGGAAGUUGGAUGAUCCGUCUUACUGUGUGGUUCAUUUUCUUGGUGGCAUUGUUUUUCAACCUGCUUGUCAUUUUAACAACAUUUGCAUCUUGUGCAUCAGUGCCCUCCUCCAAAUUGUUUAUAGGCCUGAUUUCUGUGUCUAACUUAUUCAUGGGCGCUUAUACUGGAAUCUUAACUUUUCUGGAUGCUGUGUCCUGGGGCCGAUUUGCUGAAUUUGGCAUUUGGUGGGAGAUAGGCAGUGGCUGCAAAAUAGCUGGGUUUCUUGCUGUUUUCUCCUCAGAAAGCGCCAUAUUUCUAUUAAUGUUAGCAGCCAUCGAAAGAAGCUUAUCUGCAAAAGAUAUGAUGAAAAAUGGGAAAAGCAGUCACCUCAAGCAGUUCCGGAUUGCUGCCCUUUUGGCUUUUCUGGGGGCCGCAGUGGCAGGCUGUUUCCCCCUUUUCCAUAGAGGGGAGUAUUCCGCAUCCCCUCUGUGCUUGCCAUUUCCCACCGGAGAAACCCCAUCAUUAGGGUUUACCGUAACUUUAGUGCUGUUAAACUCACUAGCAUUUUUAUUAAUGGCCAUUAUCUACACUAAACUCUACUGCAACUUGGAAAAAGAAGACCUUUCCGAGAACUCACACUCUAGCAUGAUUAAGCAUGUCGCUUGGCUCAUCUUCACCAACUGCAUCUUUUUCUGCCCCGUGGCGUUUUUCUCUUUUGCGCCAUUGAUCACCGCCAUCUCGAUCAGCCCCGAAAUAAUGAAGUCUGUUACUCUGAUAUUUUUCCCAUUGCCUGCUUGCCUGAAUCCAGUCCUCUAUGUCUUCUUCAACCCAAAGUUUAAAGAAGACUGGAAGUUACUGAAGCGCCAUGUUACCAAGAAAAGCGGAUCAGCCUCAGUUUCCAUCAGCAGCCAAGCUGGUUGUGUGGAGCAGGAUUUCUACUACGACUGUGGCAUGUACUCACAUCUGCAGGGCAACCUGACUGUGUGUGACUGCUGCGAAGCCUUCCUGUUGACAAAGCCAGUGUCCUGCAAACACUUAAUAAAAUCACACAGCUGUCCUGCCUUGACAGUGGGUUCUUGCCAAAGGCCAGACGGCUAUUGGUCCGACUGUGGCACGCAGUCCGCCCACUCUGAUUAUGCCGAUGAAGAAGAUUCCUUUGUCUCAGACAGUUCUGACCAGGUUCAGGCUUGCGGAAGAGCCUGCUUCUAUCAGAGUCGAGGAUUCCCUUUGGUGCGCUAUGCUUACAAUCUCCCAAGAGUUAAAGACUGAAUCCAUGUGUUUGUAACUGUUUCUCCCAUCAACCAAAAUCACAGUGUUUAUAAGAAUGAACCCUAGUUUGAUCUCUUAUCUGGGAAGCACUUAAGUGAUCACUGCCUGGUGUCACUUAGAAGAAGGAGAAAGGUGGCAGUUAUUUCUUCAACCAGACCUUUGCAAAGGACAAGUGCCUGAACUAUGGAUUGAUGACAAAAUGCAGUGUCCAAGCAAUGUGUAGUCUAUUUGAAACAAAUAGUUAACUUGAAAAAGAUUUUAUGUAUAUCAUAGCAAUAUAACGUUGGGUUUUUCUGAUCCAUAAGGAGCAAAUUUAUACCUGUUUCUGAAUUAAGCACAAGAUAGAAAACAGCUGUUAAUAUUUUUAAAGAAUAUUUUAAAUGGUGAUUUUAUAUAAUUGAAGAAAAAGGCUUGCUAAUUUUACCUAAUGUUUCAUCAUUAAUCUCAGGACAACUUACUGCAGGGCCAAAAAAAAAAAGGUGGAGGGGAAUCAUUUCCCAGGACUAUGAGAGUGGAUGUAGACACUAAAUUCUUGCAUUUUUCUAAUCCAUCUCUGACAUAAUAGAAUCAUCGAUUUUGUGUAAGAGAUUUAAAUCUAAAACCUGAUGUUUUUAAAACAAUAUUAACAACUGUUAGAUUUUAAAAGAAUAACUGAACACAUUUGUCUUCAGUCAUUAUGCAUUGCUUUGUGUUGGUCACAGUAAUUUUUUCUUCAGUGCUUUGUGAUCAUACUAUUAGGAAAAAGUAAAGGGCUCAUUGCUGUGUGAUUUUAGUAGAUUUGGCUAAACUACUAACAGGGGAUUUUAAAAGUAUCUGAGGGACUUGAUGGCUCCGUACAAUGUUCUCCCUGGAGAAGGCAAUGGCACCCCACUCCAGUACGCUUCCCUGGAAAAACCCAUGGAUGGAGGAGCCUGGUAGGCUGCAGUCCAUGGGGCCGCUAAGAGUCAGACACGACUGAGCGACUUCACUUUCAUGUUUCACUUUCAUGCAUUGGAGAAGGAAAUGGCAACCCACUCCAGUGUUCUUGCCUGGAGAAUCCCAGGGACGGGGGAGCCUGGUGGGCUGCCGUCCAUUAGGUCGCACAGAGUCAGACACGACUGAAGUGACUUAGCAGCAGUAGCAGCAGCAGUAUAAUGUUCUCAUGGAUAAAACUCUUCCUAAUAUCAUUGGCUCUAUCAGUAUUUUUCAAUUCUGUUGGUAUGUGAUCUACCUGUAGCUUGGAUUGUACAGAAAGUAAAUUGUGACAAAUGGUUUCAACUAAGGUGGAAGAAAUCGGGAGUAAUUAUGACACAAAGCACUUACAUGUAUUUCUUAGUGAGCUAGAUUCUCCUGAACAUAUGCUCUUACGUGGACGCUACCGUAUAUUUUCCCUUCCUUUGAUUUACAAGAGCCUGUGCAACAGCUCUGAAACUGUUCUUGUGAGACAAGACAAAUAUGUCACUAAGGAAAAAAAAAGGCAUAAAGCUGAGGCCUAUGUCUUUAAAAAUUAAAAAUUCUACUUGAUAGUCAUCUAUGGACUUUUGACAUGUCAUUAUGUGGAGUCUUAAAGUUAUAAGUGUUCAAUAUAUUUUUUGAACAAUAUGCUAAAUCAAUAGCAAAUCCACUGCCAUAUUAGUUGUUCAUGAGAUACUAAAAAACAUUAAGCUAGAUUGCAGUUUAAUAAUUAAACUGUAUAUAAUGUGCAUAUAAUGAAUUUUUAUCUUAUGUAAAUUAUUUUUAGAACACAAGUUGGGAAAUGUGGCUUCUGUUCAUUUUGUUUAAUUAAAGCUACCUCCUAAACUAUAGUGGCUGCCAGUAGCAGAAUGUUAAAUUGUGGUUUAUAUACUUUUUGCAUUGUAAAUACUCUUGGUUGUACAUUGUCAGUGUAAUAAAAACAGAAUCUUUGUAUAUCAAAAUCACGUAGUUUGUAUAAAAUGCGGGAGGGAUUUAUUUACAGUGUGUUGUAAUUUUGUAAGGCCAACUAUCCACAAGUUUUUAAAAUUGCCAUCAUGUUUGUAUAUUUACACAUCUGAUAAAUAUUAAAUCAUAACUUGGUAAAAAAAUCUAGCUAAAAGUUUUUUUCUUCAAAAGUCAUGUUACUGAAUACUUUCAUUGGAUUCAUUUAAACAAUAGAAUAGCAGAUAUUUAAAAUAUGUGGUAAACUGUGUUAUACAUAUGAUAGGAAAUAUUGUAUGCAGUAUAUUGAAUCAUUAAACUUUCUGGAAAGCAA